UCUGAGGGGGUGCUCCCCACUGCUGGUCCUAGACAUCAGCAUGAAGGAAUCUCUCUUGAACUCUGGGCAGCUUCUAGAUGCUUAGGGGUUCUCCUGGCCACAGACCCAUCCCAGGACCUGUUGAUAGCAUUACUUCCAGAGCUGAAGGACCUGAGAACACGUGUAAAUGGAAGAGCUGGAGACCAGUUUAUUUCAGACACGGAAAGCACACAGAAUAGAGCAAAUGGUGGCACGAUGGCUCCGGCGUUCCCGGGACAGCUCGGCCCGGGCUAAAGUUGCUGCAGCUGAUGGGCCCCCUGGGAUCCCAACCCAGACCCUCAUCCCUGUGAAACACACAAUAAAGCUAGACAAAGACGCCCUCCUCCAGGACUACGGAUUUCACAUUUCUGAGAGUCUUCCCCUCACAGUGGUGGCUGUCACAGCAGGAGGUGCUGCUCACGGCAAGCUUUUCCCUGGUGAUCAGAUCCUCCAAAUGAACAAUGAGCCUGCCGAAGACCUUUCCUGUGAACGAGCAGUCAAUAUUCUGAGGGAAGCUGAAGAUUCUCUUUCAAUCACAGUUGUUCGCUGCACAUCAGGAGUCCCCAAGUCAUCCUUCCUGACAGAGGAGAAGAGAGCAAGGCUGAAGACCAACCCCGUGAAGGUACACUUUGCAGAGGAAGUGCUCAUCAGUGGACAGAGCCAGGGUAAUUCUCUGCUGUGUAUGCCCAACGUGCUCAAGUUGUACUUGGAGAAUGGACAGACCAAAGCUUUCAAGUUUGAGGCCCACACGACUGUGAAGGACAUCAUCCUCACCGUGAAGGAGAAGCUGUCGAUCCGAAAUACAGAGUACUUUGCGCUGGCCCUGGAGGAGCAAUACAACAUCUCACGGCUGCACCUGCUGCACGAGGAGGAGCUCAUCCAGCAGGUGGUAGAAAGGGAGGAGUCACAUGACUACCGCUGCCUCUUCAGGGUGUGUUUUGUUCCCAAGGACCCCCUGGACCUCCUGAAAGAAGACCCUGUGGCUUUCGAAUACCUCUAUCUGCAGAGCUGCAGCGAUGUGCUCCAGGAGCGCUUUGCCGUGGAAAUGAAAUGCAGCUCUGCACUCCGGCUUGCGGCCCUACACAUCCAGGAGCGGAUCUAUGCCUGUGCCCAGCCACAGAAGAUCUCUUUGAAGUACAUAGAGAAGGACUGGGGAAUAGAGAACUUUAUAUCUCCCACUUUACUACGAAACAUGAAAGGAAAAGACAUCAAGAAAGCCAUUAGCUUCCACAUGAAGAGGAACCAGAAUUUGCUGGAACCCAGACAGAAGCAACUUAUCUCUGCUGCCCAGCUACGGUUAAAUUAUCUACAGAUCCUUGGGGAACUCAAGACGUAUGGUGGGAAAAUCUUUAAUGCCACUUUAAUGUUACAGGAUAGAGAAUCCUACAUUGCCCUUCUAGUUGGAGCCAAGUAUGGCAUUAGCCAAAUUAUCAAUAGCAAACUCAACAUCAUGUCCACUCUGGCAGAAUUUGCAAAUAUCAGCCGUGUAGAACUGACAGAAGAAUCUGAGAAAGUGAGCAUGGUCAAAGUCUAUCUUCAGGACGUCAAGGUUCUGACCUUGCUGCUGGAAUCCAACAGUGCAAAGGACCUAGCCUGCCUGAUUGCCGGCUACUACAGGCUGUUUGUCGACCCAGUUACCUCCAUUUUCCUCUGGCCGGGACACAAACAACAGGUGCACCGGGUUUCUGCUGAAGAAGGCUAUGAAUCCAGGGCAUGCAGCGACUCUGAGGAGUCCUCCGAAGUGGACUGCGAGCUGGAGCCUCUCUCUGACAGACGCCUGCUGAAGGUGGGCCCCUGUGGACCACUUGCAGAAGCAGAGCAGCCUCCGCAGGACAACUCCAUGCCUGAGGUGGCCAGGAAAGGCCCCGGCACCUGCGGGGCCAGCAGCACGAUGGACAGCGCGGAGUCCGAGGCAUCCGACUCGGCCAACACUGAGAGCCGAGGCUGCAGGACCAGUGGCUCGAGCGAGUCCAUGGAUGCCCUGGAAGAGGAUGACCUGGAUGCCUGCUCCUCCAGCAAGUCUGCUUUCUUCCCCCUGGGCUUGCCAGGCUUCCCGGCGAGUCUUGAUUCCGACAGCCAAGAGGAGAGAAGCAGGAUUGAGACCAAUGGCUUCCUGUGUCUCCUAGACCUGGCCCAGAGAGCCAACCCUCAGAGCCACAAGACAGAGUUGGCCGAGAGUCCUGCUCCUGAGACCUUCAGCUGGGGACCGGAACUGAGCGUGGUCGGGUUGGACCCCAGGCUGUACGAGGGCAGCCGGAUUGACUACUACAGCCUGUGUGCCAGUGUCUCCCCGGCCAGCCACCAGAGCGACCACUCGGAGAGCACAGCUCCCCGGCGGGGUGGGGGCCUGCCACCCUGGGGCCAGCAGGGCGGGACUGAGGCCAAGCCCAGCUCCAUGCUGCAAGCCCUGGCCCCGCGCCUGCCGCUGGCCUUGGAGGAUGGCAGUUCAGAUGAGGAAUACUAUGAUGCAGCCGACAAGCUCACACCCCCCGACACCCUCUCAGGGCUCAGAGCCGCUUCUGCUGCAGAAACCUGUGCCACAAGCUCACAGAAUAAGGGCAGCACCUGCAGCCCUGAGGACAGCCUGAAUCCUGGGCCACAUGCAAGAGAGCCAAGAAGGGGAGGGGUGAAGAAAUAUGCCAAGACCCUGAGGAAAAGAAGGUCUUUCCUACAGACAGACUACACCUGUCAAGUCUCAUUUCCCCUGGUGCCGUCCGCCUCCCUGGAGAGUGUGGAUGACCUGUGCUACUACGACCGGGAACCCUACCUGGCCCAUGGUGCACCCUCCCCAACCGUGUCCUCUCUGCAGGACAUGCAGGGUGAGCCUGGCCUCCUGGAGACCAAAGCCCUUGGGCUGCUGGCUCCCUUGAGGGAGACCAAGAGCAAAAACCCAGCCUCCCGAGCCAUGGAGAUGGAGCCUGAGACCAUGGAAACCAAGUCGGUCAUUGACUCUCGAGUGUCUUCUAUCUCUGCCAUUCGCCUCCGGAUUGACCCCAACCAUAAAGAGAAUUCUGGGAUGGCCCCUCUGACCACCACCAUUGCCUGUUCCCUAGCAAACACCCCUCCCCAUUCCAAUCCAGGCUCAUCUGUCCCAGAUACAGCUCAGGUAGGGCCUCCCCACACUUUCUGUCCAUUUCAAGACUUGGAUGGCUGUGCCCCUAGAGAGCUCACCAUGGAGCUUGGGGACAGCACCUCCUCCUUCCUCUCCAGUGCAGACUUGAACCCAGACAGGGUCUGCCUGACCAUGAGCCCAGAGUCUGUCUGUCAAGGAGACACACUGGAGCCUGGAGGAGUCCACCUGGAAACAGGAUUGGGAUCUCUGUUUACAAAUCAUGUGCAAGAAACUGCCCCCCAGGAUACAGAGCCUCUGUUGUCUCCUCGAGAUGGGUCUGGAAUUGGCGAAUGUGGAAUAGACUCAGGAGAAAAGGAGAAACAACAAGGACCACUAUCUUUGGAAGAUGAUAGAGAAGUUACAAACAAAAAUGGCACCAACUCAUUUCAUGAUGAGUCUGGGGAGAAUUCAGGUGACCCCAAGGGUGACAUGUUGAAUGCCGUUCCACAAACUAUUGGUGUCAGUGCUCCGGCUGGUGGCAUAAUAGCCUCCCUCCCCUUGGAGACUCCUCUAACAGGGGCUGAGCAGACCCCACCAUAUUCCCCCUCAGGUCCCCAAGGACAAAGCAGAGAAACCCCAGGCCAAGCCUGCCAGGCCCAAGAACCACAACUAUUGGCCGAGCUGGAUUUAGAUCCAGAUUUCUUGCUUAGGGACCAGACCGUUUCAUUGGCCUUCCCUCCGGAGGAGCUCAAGGCAGAGCCACUUAGCCAUGUGAUAGGAGAAGACACUGUCCAUAGGGACACUCCUCAGCAGGUCUGUUUGAAUCCAGGGCCUUCUCUGCCCGAGCCACUACUCUCUCUCCAAGAGGAGCCCCACUUAGAAGGCUCAAACCAUUGUUCAUUGCCAGAAUGCAAGGACAAAAGCCCUAGUGUCUGCCUUCCUGCUGAGAAGUCUUUCCUGUGCUUUGCCCCAGAAAGCCAUCCUAAAGUUUCUGCCAGUCUCAGAAUGGCCACAUCUUUGGGAUUUGCCGGCAUGAAUGAGACAGAGGCCCCCAGGAUUGGGAUGGAGCAGUGCAGCUGCCAGUUCCCCUAUGCCACGUGCUUCCGUGGCCUGCAGCCAGAGAUGGAGGAGGAAGACAGGGACAUGCAAGCAUCCCCGCCAGCCCCCCUCACCUCUCCACCCUCUGCAGGAAGCUGGCUGGCCCUGCCCUGGAGGCCUGCCCAGGCCCACAGCUGCAGCGCCGAGCCCCUCUCCAGGAACAGCCACAUCUGGCCAGAGUACUGCUCCAGGGCUCUGAGACAGCUGAAGGCGGCCCCUGCCAGCACCCCUGAGGGCUUCAUCCAACUCAUGGAGAGCUUGCUGGAAUUACAGGACAUUUUAGAAGCUUCCUGGGGAAAUGGGAAUAAACACCCGCCUGAGAAGUGCACCUGGCACUUUUCUGAAAGCCGGAGCCGCCUCUGCAUGGGCUCCCAAAAGCUCCUGUUGAGCUGUCAGCACGUGAUCAGAGUGGACCAGUCCCCCGAGGAGAUGCAUGGUGCUGUGCGCGACACCUUCCAGCACCUGGUCCAGCUGGCCGGCCUGUGCUUCCAGUUUACAGACUGCAGCCGCUGCUCCACCCGACACCAGGAGGCAGCCGGGAACCUGAGGGAUGUGGUGUACACCUACCACCAGUUUGUGGAGGCUGCAAAGCUGACCUGCGAGAAAGGCUACCAUGACCUGAGUGUGAAACUCUUGGCCCGUCAGUGCACAGCCCUCACGGCCGCUGUGUUCUGUUUGACCCAGAAGUUCCGGGCCUCCACUGCCCUGUGAGCACGCCCGUUGCCCAGGACCCCUGCCAUGCCCUGGACACUUCGCUGAGAAGCCCCUGCCAUGUCCCCACCUACCCCUCUCAAAUGUUUACUAUUAAGAGUAUUCAAAUAAACUGCUGCUUAAUCUUUGCCUGAA